AGUUGAUAAACUUCUGCUGGCGCGCCAUUUUUCACGUGUUUACCUUUUGCGUUUUAGAGAAAUCCAACUCCAAAGUGAACUUCAGUCUCUAAAACUCAAGAUGGCACUCAAGUCCAAUGAUGCCUUUGCAGACAACGCUCCUGAGGAUGGAUUUUUAAAGUGUCUGAGAUCAAUGCCCGUGAAACCGGCAACAACCUUCCGAGUUUUUGACCGUACAGAAUAUUACACUGUCCAUGGUGAAGAUGCAAUGUUUGCAGCAAAAGAAUGUUUCAAGACACUCGGUGUAGUCAAGUACACAGGAUCAGGAGAGAAAAAGGUGCCAUAUGUCAACCUGAGUAAGAUGAACUUUGAGAGCAUGGUGCGAGAUCUUCUACUCAUACGACAGUAUCGUGUCGAGAUGUAUAAGAACAUGGCAACGGGGAAAGGCAACGACUGGCAGGUGGCUUACAAGGCUUCUCCUGGUAACCUCACCCAAUUUGAAGAGAUCCUCUUCGGUAACAACGACAUGUCAACGUCAGCCAGUGUGAUUGCUGUUAAGUACGUUAGCGAGGGCUCAGGGGGGCAGCUGACUGUCGGAGUUGGCUAUGCUGACGCUACUCUGAGGGAACUAGCCGUGUGUCAGUUUACUGAUAGUGAGCAUUUCUCCAACUUGGAGGCCCUACUGGUGCAGCUGGGUCCAAAAGAGUGCCUGAUACAAUCGCAAUCAGGCGAGGGCGCUGUGGACUCGGCCAAACUUAAAGGCGUGUUAGAACGCAGUGGACUCCUGGUCACCGAGCGAGCGAGGGCGGACUUUGGCACCAAGGACGUUGAGCAGGAUCUGAACCGUCUUCUGAAGGGAGCCAGCGAGGAGCAACGGAAUGCUGCCACCCUGGGGGAGAUGGAGAAGACAACUGCCGUGGGAUCGCUGGCUGCGUUGAUCAAAUAUCUUGAGUUACUUGGAGAUGAGAGUAACUUCAGACAGUUUCGUCUUAAAUCGUUUGAUCUGACGCAGUACAUGAGACUGGAUUCCUCUGCAGUGAGAGCGCUGAGUCUCCUGCCAUCACCACAGGACGGCGGUAAUAAGAAUGCAUGUCUUCUUGGACUCCUUAAUAAAUGCAAAACCCCUCAAGGUCAAAGGUUACUUGCCCAGUGGAUCAAACAGCCGUUGGUGGACAAAAACAAAAUUGAGGAGCGUCUUGACAUCGUUGAGGCUUUCGUGAACGACGUCGAACUCCGCCAGACUUUACAGGAGGAGCAGCUGAAACGAAUCCCCGACCUCCAGCGUCUCGCCAAGAGGAUCCAGCGCAAGAAGGCCACAUUGGAGGACUGCUAUCGCAUCUUUCAGGUCGUUGAGUUCAUGCCUGUCUUACUUGAGACUCUAGAGAGGCCAGGCAUUGAUUUAUUGAAGGAGGUUUUCAGUAAUCCCAUCAUGGAAUUGUUGCUGGAUUUUGCCAAGUACCAAGAGAUGGUGGAGACGACCAUUGAUUUAGACCAAGUGAAGAAUCACGAGUUUCUCAUCAAACCAAAUUUUGAUGAAGAACUAACGAACUUACGGGAGAAGAUGGAUGGUCUAGAAAAUAACAUCCAGGCUCAGCUAGGCAAGGCAGCGAGGGAUCUCGGCCUGGAGGCCAACAAGACCAUCAAACUAGAGUCCAAUAACCAGCUGGGAUAUUUCUUCCGUGUCACGAGGAAGGAAGAAAAAGUUUUACGAAACAACAAGAAGUAUGCCACCAUCGACACCAACAAAAACGGAGUCCGUUUCACGCAGUCCACGUUGCGUAGUCUGAACGAAGAACACAUGUCGGUCAAGGAAGAGUAUAAUGAAAUGCAGAAAGCCAUCGUUGCCGAGAUCAUUGGUAUUGCAGCUGGUUAUGUUGACCGCAUGAUGCUGUUGAGUGAUAUCAUUGCACAGUUGGACGUACUAGUGAGCUUUGCACAUGUGUCCUCCAAUGCCCCUAUCUCCUACGUCCGCCCUACACUGUCAGAGAAGGGACAGGGUGGGAUCAAGCUGGUCGAGGCAAGACACCCAUGUCUGGAAGUACAGGACGAUGUCGCCUUCAUUCCAAACGGCGUGACUUUUGAGAGGGAAAAACAAAUGUUUUAUAUCAUCACUGGACCGAAUAUGGGCGGAAAAUCCACUUUCAUAAGACAGAUCGGUGUUGUUGUCCUGAUGGCUCAGCUUGGAUGCUUCGUCCCGUGUCGAUCGGCCGAGAUCUCCAUCGUAGAUUCCAUUCUAGCUAGAGUAGGAGCAGGAGACAGUCAACUUAAAGGCGUCUCCACAUUCAUGUCUGAGAUGCUGGAGACCGCAUCCAUUCUCCGGUCUGCAUCGGAAAACUCUCUUAUCAUAAUUGACGAGCUGGGAAGAGGGACGUCGACGUAUGAUGGCUUCGGACUCGCUUGGGCAAUCUCAGAGCACAUAGCAACCAAGAUAUCAGGAUUCUGUUUAUUUGCUACCCAUUUUCACGAGCUGACUGCACUAGCCGAUGAGGUCCAAACCGUUAACAAUCUACAUGUGACGGCGCUCACCACCGAUGGGCAGCUCACACUUCUCUACAGAGUCAAACCUGGUGUUUGUGACCAGAGUUUUGGGAUCCACGUCGCUGAGUUGGUCCACUUCCCCAAGAAGGUGAUAGACUACGCUAAGAUGAAAGCAUUAGAGCUAGAGGACUACCAAAGCACUGGAGCCCCGGGAGGAGGGAGCAUGGAGGGGCUAGAUGCACCGGCUGCCAAGAAGAGGAGACUGGAAAAACAGGAAGGAGAAAUGAUCAUUGACGAUUUCUUGAAGAAAGUGAAACAACUCGACACAGAAACGAUGUCUGAUGAGCAUGUUUAUGAGGCAGUGCAGCGAUUAAAAGAAGAAGUUGCAAAGAAGAGUAGUCCGUAUGUACAGGAAGUGCUGUCCAGGAGUGACAUUUGAACUUUAACCUUUGAACUUUGAACGGAAGUAAGUUUUUUUGUUGGUUAAUGCAAAGGUUUGAAGUUAUGGACCUUUGACUUUAUUUACUUCUACUAUCAACGUUACCAAAAGGUCAGGUUCCUUUAUAUAAAAGAAGAUUUAAGCUAUAAUUUGUUAUUGUGUACGUUGGGAACAAGACUUUUGCAGUAGCGCUUCCAAGUCUUGCUGGUAUUGGAAACAAAUUCUUGCUGUGCCUUAAAGACACUGGACACCCUCGGUAAUUGUCAUAGACCAGUCUUCUCACUUUAAUAACAAACCUGUGAAAA